UAUUUAUAAAGGAUACUUGAUAAACUCUCUUGAUAGCUGACCGUGCUAGGCGGGUUUAAAGACCAAACGUUUAAUGUAAUGGAUAUGGACGAAAACGGGCUAUUUUUAUUUUCCAAUUUUCGAACAGAAUUAGUGCACUCUUAGACCUGAUGAGGUUUUAGCAAGAAACGUGUCCGCGUGUAACAUAAACAAUCAUCGCACUCUUAUGACGAAACCUCCGGACCAAUCAUCGUGCCGCAUAUAAAGUCUUGGAUUUCAAGUAGAGCUUUAUUUUCACCAAAGAUUGUCAGCAGCAACUGCGGAUUUGGUCUUAGACGGAGCAUCGCGCUUCCUUGGACAUAGAAAGUAAACUAAUUACAUCUAUAUAAUGACAUAGUUUACGAACAUCGGGACUUGUAAAUAAAUGUGAUUUUCCAAGGAUUUCGUCGACAAAAAAGCAACGUGCUCAUUUGAAAAAAGUAAAACGAAUACAUCGGAUAACAGAUUCGUCUAAUAAUAAUAAUCAUUGUGAUCUGGUUUCGUUGACAUAGCAGCAGUACGUUCCUUUGGACAAAGUACAUCUGGCGACAGAUCUCAACCACGUGAAAAUCGAGGCUUGCAACCAAUUGGACCAGGUUUCGUCGAAAUUGCAGCACUGUGCUCAUUUGGAUGUAAAUAUUUUCUGAUUAUAUCUGAUGGACUUGAACUUGCUUGCAGUUAAUGUACAGUGUGUUCAUUUUCGACGUAGGAACUUGAAACUAGUGCGAUUAAUGUAAUUUUGCAGUGAAUGUGCAUCAACAUAAAGAAAUAAUAGGACGAUUCAUUCUUUCGGGACUGAUCAAAUAAGCAGUAUUGAAAGUGCGUUGCACUGUGUGUUUUUUUCAAGUACGUGCACUUUAAACAUGUAUUAACAGUCUGGAAUGAAUCCAGCUAUACGUAUAUCGAAAACCAUUUAAGAAUACGGUAUAAAAAAGUAUUACGUGUGAGUGUUUUGUACUUUAUAUCUGUUCUAAAUAAGAAACCUUGGUCAAACUAUCAUGACAUAUGUCAACGAACUCAGCUCGUGAGAAAAUAUAUUCAACAAACACGGACUUUGAUAUGACUCUCUUCCGUUUAUGAUUUUAACGGUGUAAUGGACGUCAAACACUUCAGUCUAGUAUUGAUUGUUCAGAUAAUGACCUAAAGUACCGUGUUAUAAAUAUUUCCCCAAACAAAACAACAUACCAGUGUCGGGGAGUAAGGACAAGAUGGAGACUUCAAACUUAUCAAACUCGUGGAACUAUUCAGCGGACGAUGAGCUUUUACGGAGCCUUACGAGGGAGCGAUUCGCAUUGUCGAUUCCAGUAUUGUGUUUUAUUUGUUUAUUAAUGCUCGUUGGAUUAAUCGGUAACUUCCUAGUGAUAUGUACAUACGUAAAACGCGUGUCUAAAUCUUCAACAAACAUGUUUAUAUUUUGCUUGGCAACCUUUGACCUUAUUAACUGCACCAUAGCGUUGCCACUGGAGAUCUACAAUCUCGUGAACCCGUUCACCAACGAACACCGCUUUAUUUGCAGCUUUCAUAGGUUUUUCGGCUUCUCCGCCGAUCUGUCGUCUGGUUUUAUAAUCGUCUGCAUCUCUUUUGACCGAUAUCUGCGAAUUGCCCGUCCCCACCAAGGUCUCAGUGUCAAGGGGGCGAAAAUCGCGGUUCUUGCGACGUGCAUUGCAUCAAUAGCUAUCUCAUCUCUGUCAAUAUUCGUGUUUGGAACAAAAGUAGUCACGUUUGAGAAAUAUCCGAACAUUCACGGUCAUAGGUGUGGAAUUUCGGAUAGCAUAAAGGACACUGUGUGGCCUCUUUUCUUCAACAUAAUGAUUUUAAUAUCAUUCGUCGUUGGAGUUAUAAUUCUUUUGACAGUGUACAUAUUGCUGGGAAUUAAAGUUCGACGUUGGAGCAGAGGUCGCAAAUCUAAACAAAAUCGCGUCGUGCGUUCCUCGGAGUAUUUUCAAACAGCUAUUAUUUCGGACGAUACCGGAAGCCCGGAUUCUCCGGAACCAAGAUUUUCUGAAACAUUCACAUUUGUACCCGCCAGACCUGUUCCUAACGCGGAAGAAAAUAAGAGCGGCUUUAGCGAUGGCGAGGCGGCAGAAGCUAAGAAUGACUCGUCCUUCAAAAGGCCAGUGUAUGUGAGAGAACUGUCACGAUCUUUAGAUAAGAAUCAGUUCUGCAAAAUAGAUGACGGUGCCUCCGUACCGUUCCAUAACAACGGAAUGCAGACACUUCCGGUACGGAAGCCGCGGAGGGCGACAUCGAACGUCGGUAGGAAGACGUCCAUGCCGAGCCUACAAGAGCUGAAAAGGCGCAUGAAAAUCAGUCGGACAACGGUCAUGUUUAUUUCUGCAACAAUCGCCUUCGUUGUCAGUCACUUACCAUACGCUGCCAUAACAAUUGUGGAGACGGUCAAUCAAGACUUUACAAAACAUAUGUCUCAUGUGGGAUACUCGCUGUUUCUGUUCGCUAAGUAUUCGUUUGUCGUCAGUUACGCUGUCAAUCCGAUCAUUUACAGCUUCAUGAACGCAAAAUAUCGCCGGGAGUGCAAAUUACUUCUCGUCGAAAUUUCAAAGGCGAUCAAGUGCCAUACAAGGAGAUUGUACUUUCCAUAAAAUUGUUUUUGGUAUCUUUUUUUUAUUGAUCCUUUAUUGUGUUUUUUUAUAUUUAUUAAGUUUUAUGCUGCACUCUCAAAGAUUGACCAAUUUAACAACUUUUUAUUUUAUUUUUUGUUUUUGAAUGAAUCAAUUUUUGGCGUAAAUAUCUGAAAAACAGUGAUAUAUAAUACUUGUAACAUAAUGUCAGAGGUUUUUUUUAACAUUUACGUUCGAAAAUGUCUAAAAGCGUUACUUACGCUUUAAAAAAGGAGUUUUUGGCAUAAAACAUCAAUUUUCGAACGUAAUUAUAAAAAAAAACAGCGAUCUGAUCUUUUGACAGCAAUCUUAUAUCACUGGUUUCAAGACAUGUACGCAUAAGAUGGUUCAUUCCAAGACAAUAAAAAGUGGUCAAAAUGGUCCAUAUGUGAGUGCAGCCUUAAUACAAUGUAGUUUACAAUUCUGCAGAAUACUUUUGCAUGUCCACUACUCCGCAUUGUUUCUGAAGUUUCCCAUUUGAUGCAUAAUAAAGUUAGAACACUUUGA